UGAAUCAUUUUAAUUUAUUAUUUAUUAUCUACCGAUACGUUUGAAUACAAGUAGGUAAUUUUAACACGUCUUGUGGUAUUUAUCGUUUCCAAUUUCAAUUUGUAUUAGUUGGUUGGUAGCAAUGAUAAUUGUGUAGUCGACAACGAAUGGUUUAUUGAGUUCACUGUGCCGUUUGAUUGGGCUGAAUAAUUUCGAACAAUUUCAUGAUUGGCCCUCAUUUUGUUACAAAAUAAACUUGAAAUACGAAAUCAAUUUGAUUUAAUAAUAAAUAAAAGUAAAAGCAGAAAUCGGAAUGUCAGUGUUCUUCGUAAACGCCAGUGGUGACAAUGUUGAGGUGGACCAAAAAUCCGAUUUGCAGCAAACAGUGUCGGAUGAUCAAAUCUCGUCACAAAGCGAAGCACAGGCGGCAUUGCAACAAUUUUGGCCGAGAGUGAUGGAGGAAAUUAAAGCAAUCGCUACUAUGGAUCUACGGCAACAAGUUUUGCCCUUGGCAAGGAUUAAAAAAAUUAUGAAACUCGACGAUGAGGUUAAAAUGAUUUCUGCAGAAGCACCGCUUUUAUUUGCAAAGGCAGCCGAAAUAUUUAUUCACGAGUUAACGUUAAGAGCUUGGGUGCACACUGAAGAUAAUAAAAGAAGAACAUUGCAGCGGAAUGACAUUGCCAUGGCAAUCACGAAGUUUGAUCAAUUUGAUUUUCUUAUCGACAUUGUUCCACGUGAUGAUAUUAAACCAAAUAAACCAAGAGAUGAAAGCGGACGACCUGCUGUUAAUUCUGAACAGGUUCAUUAUUAUUUGCAACUCGCUCAACAAGCUCAACAGCAACUCCAACAGCUGCAACCCAGCACAUCACCGUCUGCCAGUACAACAAAUUCAUCUGUUACACAAAACGCAAUUCAAAUCGUACAACCCCAAGUGCAAGCAGUUCCAGUGAAUGCCUUAGAGCAGAACAACACCAGCGUGGCGGCAACAACUACAACAUCGACAGCACAACCAUCUGUGGUUAUUCAAAAUCCCACAUCGCCACAGUCCUCUAACGGAAAUAUUCACAUUGUACAACAAAUCGUAACUCCUGGGGGAGAAAUACAACAAAUUCCCAUUCAGUUGACCCCUCAACAAUUACAAAUGAUCAGAAUGCAACUCCAGAGUAAUACGAAUCAACCUCUCAUCAUUCAAGCAGCUCCCAUACAAACAAUUCAACCACAAGUUAUACAGGUAACUCAACAAAAUUCAAAUGCUCAGCCUGUUUACCUAACUGAAAACAAUGGAAAUACAGAAAGUGAAUAAUAAAAGAAAUAUAUAAAAACAGUGCAUCAAAACUUUCAUAUUGUCACUUUUGUUAUUUCAUGUAGUGUAAGUUAUUGUACAUGUAGGUAAUUUUAAUAACAUUUAUUUAUUAAAUAUU